GCUGUCUCUGCAUUAAUGCCAAACAGUGCCAGUGAAGACAGCCAACGCAUCAGCCGCAAGAGCCAUUACAUUCAGCGUUAUCAUGAAAAGCCCCGUAGCCUCAACAUUGAGGAUUUCCCACUAACAGAGCCGCCUACGAGUCCACGUGCCCAAUCGCCGGUUAUUUUGAAGCUUCACCCCGCUGCAGUGAAACCAUCCCACUUACGUGCCAAUCUGCCGCUACGCUUCGGACGAACGAGUGAAGUGCUGCAGCCGAAGGACCAGCAAGCACAAUCAAAAUUCUCUCUCAACCUCCCGCAACGGUUCGGCCGGUCUGAGGUGUGCAGCACGUGCAAACGCUCGGGAACUCCGCCGUCCGCCACGCUGCCUCAAAGAUUCGGAAGAAGAAACUUGAUAGACACCAUUAGAUGGCUUCCUAUCCGCACUCUGUUCAUUCUUGAGUCCAAGUCAUCCGAAGACAAAAUACGGACUUCAUUUGAUGACAGCUCUGAAUGGGCAGAGAACACUGUAGAAAAAAGGGACAGAACGUUUAUGGAUUUUUGACAGAAAUUGAGUCAACUAUUUGUCAUCUGCAUAGGAUGCCUUGGAGGUGGAAAUGUAGGCCUAGAGAAAACUCUUUCUUGCCACAUGAGGUUGUGUGUUGUCAUUCAUUUCUAUGUUUGAAAUAAAAGGCUUUGUUCAUUGGAA